AUGAAGUAUAUUAUUGAGCAUAUGGAGUCAGGGUUUAGCGAGUGGGUCACGCUUGAAUACGCCCAAAUCAUCCGUGACGUCGGUGCAGAAAACCUAAUUCUAUCUUCCUUGCCAGAGGGCACCACGGCAUCUGAUAUCCCACAACUGCUUACGGAUCUAGGACUUCAGUGGACGACGCAACCAUUGGAUAAAGUCCACCUUGCCUUGCCCAAUGUAGCACCCUUGAUGGACGGACGGGUAUGUCUGCUUGACCCAAGAGCAUCGGGCGACCUGGCUCCUUCAGAUAAGGACCAAUUCGAUUACUUUGUAUUCGGUGGUAUCCUAGGUGACCACCCACCAAGGGACCGUACCAGCGAGCUAAAAGAGAGCUACCCGUCGCUUCUCGUGGGGAAACGCCUGGGCGACAAGCAGAUGACUACAGAUACCGCAGUGCGCACAACGCAGCUGAUUGUCGAGAAACAGUUGCCCCUAGAGAAGAUCAGCUUCAUCGAUUACCCAGAAUUCCGCUUCAACAGCAACGAGGCCACCGAGAUGCCCUUCCGCUACGUACUGGACGCUGCUGGCAGGCCCAUUCUGCCAUCAGGCAUGCUAGAGCUCAUCAAAAAGGACUCCGAACAGAGUCUGGAUGACCUACUUUAG